AUAUUUAUUUUUAACAUCCAUCAAGAGCCAAAACAUUUUACUGAUUCAAAUGCCAAAACCCGAAACUGCAUGGCGGAGAAAUGGAGACUGGAAAGCUCGUUACUCUAAAUUAUACUCAUCAAAGGGCAUUUCGGGUCUAAAGGUAGAAGAACCGCCUCGCAUUUCUUUUAUGAGCAACGACGCGACUCCAUAUGCAACGCUCCUGAUGAAGUUACGAAGUACCCGCCAAGAAUGUUCAAACCCCUCUGAGACAUGUGGACUCACCUCUCUGCUGACUGAUCGAAGCGAUACCUAUGACACAAGACAAGGAAGUCUAAUAUCCGAGAAUCAAGCUGUACACGAUACCCUGCUAUUGGACAUGGUACGCUCCCGAAGCCGUGAGGUUGAAGAUGAAGUAAAAGACGAACCACUGGCGUUGCCUAGCGAAGAGAGUCCAGAGGACAGUCCGAACGUGAAUGAUGUUUGCAUACAUGGUUAUAACAUUCGCAUAACGACAGACCGUAGCAUGUCUCGUUCGCGUUUCUCCCGAAUUUCCACUCGUCGUGAUAUGGACAUUCCUUCCAUACUCGCCUACGAUACCUUCACAACAGCACCACUAUAUCUUGGAAUACCAGCCUUCCAGAAGGUACAAGAAAUGCGGGUAGAUAUACCGCGUUGGUCGAUUCGACGCUCAGUGUGCCCCGUUUGCUCUCAGAAAUGGAAGGAUAGAAGCUCGAUAACGAAUGUUAAAUAUUCAGGGUUAAAAAGGAAUUCUUCUAAGGAGCUGCCGUCUAUAACAGCACCCGCGCGAUUAAGGACCUAUGUCGCAACAAAAUACGUUCCACGCUCCGUGUCUGUGGCUGAUGACAAAAAGUCUGGCGUGUUACAAGGAGGAUUCCGCAACAGCAGCGCUUCGUGGCAAUUGACGCGCGCUCGACGCUUCCGUACACCCAGGCCUCAACAACCGCCUCCGGAAGCCACCGCGCCACCUAGUUGUAGUGCGCCUACGGCCCGUAAAGAUUUGGAUCUUCGAGUCUCACGAUUCCUUUCAGAUGAAUUUCGAAGCUCAUAA